UUCUGUAUUAAGUACAUUUUCUGGAACUCUUUCAAUUUAGUUUUGUUUUUUAUUCGUUUACAAGUUUUUUAAUUUAUUAUCGCACUAUAUGUUUUUUUCCAAUAUUUUUGUUAUUUGUUUUAAUGGUAGAAGCACUUGCUAGGUUAACUUUCGGACGACGCCGAGAUCAUAUUUUUUGGGGUGGGGGCAGUAAUUAAGAGAAUGUGGAUGGGGGAUACGAGUAUAUAUCGUCACCGUUAGUGGAUAAUUUUCCUGAAUCUUUAUUAACUUUGUUUGUACGUGCUGUCGUGUAAACCAAUUUAUGUAUGUUAAACUCCAUUUAACUCUUAUGCAAAAUUGAAAUGGGAAGCAGCAGCCAAUUAUACAGUCUCUCUUGGGGAGAAUUCAAUUCGUCUUUGGCUUCUGCCGUGCAGCUAUUAAGAGGUCAUGGUGAUUUGGUUGAUGUUACUUUAGCUGCUGGUGGACGUAGUUUCCCUGCACAUAAGAUAGUUCUUUGUGCAGCUAGUCCUUUCCUGUUAGAUUUAUUAAAGAGUACACCGUGUCAACAUCCAGUGGUCAUGCUAGCUGGUAUUGGUGCAGAUGAUUUAGAAUCAUUAUUGGAGUUUGUUUAUCGUGGCGAAGUGAGUGUAGAACCAUCUCAGUUGCCAUCUCUACUACAAGCUGCUCAUUGUCUUUGUAUUCAUGGGUUAACACCACCUACUAUACUAACCGAAAAUGGAGAAGAGGUACCUGCAUCAGCAAUACCAACAACAAAUGAAGCUUUAUCAAAAGAAACAACUAAUCCUUACUUCCCAUUAAAACGAAGAAAGAAAAGAAGAAAGUCUUCUUCAUCUUCUGGAAAGUGGCCACGUACUGGCAGUAAUGUGGAUAAUGAAAAUAAGCAUGCAGAUAAUCAUAAGGAUGAUGAUAAUACAGAACAUGGUGAUGAAACAGCAGCCAGCGAUCGAUUGGAAUAUUCGAAUCAUCGGAGUUGUCAUUCACCACGUGUUCAAGAAGCGCAACCGAUGUCGACAGAAAAUUCUCAAGCAGGACCGCAUCAGGAUCAAAUAUCGGAUAAUGAAUCACAUCUGCACACUUUAAUGCCAAUGCAGCCAUACUCUCCACUGCAUAUACCGCAAUUUCCCGGCCCUCUCAGUAUGGGUUUUCCUCCUGGAAUUCCACUACCGCUAGUUACUCAGGGUUCGGCUGCCGGGACGGCAUCUUGCGGAUUAACCGGGAAUAUGAAUUUAUCAAAAAUACGUGGUGCAUCUGAUUGUCCAGGCGUUUGUCCGCUUUGUGGUGCUACGUUACGGCAAGCGAGAAAUCUCCGAAGACAUCUGUUGUCUUCUUGCAAAUAUCGGUUUAGUAGUAAUUCCGUUCAAAGUUCCCCAGCUGAUGCGAUGAUGAUAGAAAUAAAGCCUGAAGUCGAGUUGUCAAGUUAUAAUGAGCAAUCAAUGACCUAUGGAACCGAUAGCGGAAGUAGUACCUGUGAGCAAAUAAUUUGUAAGCCCAGUCCACUUCCUUCCCCAACGUCGCAGGGGCCGAAUGUUGUUUCGCCUCAAAGCAACAUUCCGUCGCCAACGAUUGCCAGAUGAAUGUACAGAAAAUGUUUAAACGCGAAAAUUCAAUGCAGACAGAAUUAUUGUUCAGUUCUGUUUAUUGUGAUUCAGGAGCUACCUUAUUUUUUUCAGUGAUUUUCUUUUACACUGAGUCUUUCGAAAAAAGGGGUAUAUACUGAUGCCGGGAGUCUUGAGUUUAGAAUGGUACAUAAAACUUGUGUUCAAAAUAUUUUAGUGAAUCUUAAAUUAAGGUUGUGACUGACUUGGAAGCUAGACAAUUUCUCUAUAGGAAGAAAUUUUCAUUUGAAUAAAAUGAAAUUAAUGAUGGAAGUAUACAGAAUGAAUUUAUACAC